AUGUAUAUUGCUAAAAGUUUUCAACUCCCUAUAAAAUUCGGCGUUACCUGCUCUAUUUCUCAUUGCGUGGAUCCAUCAGGCUCAUUGUUUGAAGGCGAGACCCGAAUAUUGUCACAAUGGACUGGUGGACUAAAGGACAAAGAGCGGCGGAUAAUUAAUGACGGAGACCACGAAAUGUCGCCGUCUCGUGCCCAAGAGAUGACAGAACUGGGGUGGAGUGGAGUUGCCAGUUAA